AUGAACAACGUGACAAUCAAAGUCGGCACGCUGUUUGACUGUGAAUCCAUUCAAGAACAUUUGGAUUACACUGAGAAACAUUUUAUCUACGAUCCAAUAUGGCGACAGACUGCUAUCGGUUGCACCAUACUCUUUCUCUUGCGGGAUAUGUACAAUUUCAAAUUCGGUUUUCUUCUAAGUCUUAGGGAGAAAAAAUUCUUCACAACUUUCUACAGUAAACCGUUCACCAGACCCGUAUGGAACUGUCUGUACGCCAUGGCUUUCCUUACCAGCCUUAUCUUCUACAUGCUCAAGCGAUGGGAGUUCAGUGUCACUGGCGGUUGGCAUUGCAGCUUCGUUUAUGAAUCCUUGGUGAUUAUUGGUGGAUAUUGUCAACAUAUACCACCAAUAGAUACAAGGCUGCCAUCAAGAAGAAUUGCUUACUUCAUUUUCUUUGUGUUCACUUACAUUGUGUACACUUUCUAUACUUCGAACCUGCUCUCAAAUUUGGUGAAUGAUAAUGAAAAUGAAAUUGAUUUGGAAACACUCGUCGCUACACAAUACAUGCGGGUUAUUGUGGACUAUAUGAUGAGGUCUAUUGUUGAGCGUUCUCAUAUGUACGCCCAGAACUACGGAGCGAUAUUCGACAGGUUGAUGGCAAUGCGCGUGGUGACGGUCAUCGAAGGACUGGAGGAGGUGAAGAGGGGGCGCGUAGCUUUACUCUCUGAUUAUACUACUGUAUACCCAUAUAUGAAAAGAGGUGAUUCGAGAGCUUAUUUACCGCUCUCAUCAUCAUCAUCAGCCCAUAAGUGCCCACUGCUGAGCAAAUGCCUCUUCUCACAAGGAGAAGGUUUAAGCAUUAAUCACGACGCUUGCUCAAUGCAGUCUCAUUAUUUACCUUGCCACGAAGUCUGGCAAAUUGGUGACCCGACGAAGAACAAUCAACAUGACUCAUUCACCCUGCAAAUCAAGCAGCAGCCAACAAGAAGCCUUGGAGAUAUCAGCCGGAACCGCCAUUUAUCCCGUAUUCCGGAAUUUUGGAGGGACCAACCCAGAUUAUGGUUUAAGCAACUAGAAGCCAUAGUAGCACCACAGAAGCAAGGAGACGAUUACAAGUACUAUACGGUCAUUGCAAAACUGCCAAAAGAAGAAAUAAUACAGGUUAGUGACCUCAUUACUUGCCCACCGCCAAUAGAAAAGUACAAGGCUAUCAAAGAACGCCUAAUCAGUUGCUAUGAGGAAUCAGACCAACGUCAGCUCCAAAAAUUAUUGUCUGAAAUGGAUCUCGGCGACCAGAAACCAUCACAUCUUCUGCGCAAGAUGCGGACCCUGAGUAACGGAAAUAUCAGCGACGAAACCAUCAAACUUCUAUGGUUGAGGCUUCUGCCACCAUCAGUGACUUCGGUUCUAGCAGUCACAGAAGACAUAGAUGUGAACAAGAUGAGCCAGAUCGCGGACAAGAUAUUAAUAAAUUCAACACGUACAGAGGUGUCAGCUGUAAACGGAAACAAAUCUGGCGACGAUACAAUGUCAUGCAUACUAGCACAGUUAGCAGAAAUGCAAUUGGAACUAAAUGCAAUUCAGCAAGGGAAAAGUCGAAUGACUUCUCCCGCCCAGGGUGAGUCGAGAGGAAGUGUCAAACUCUUACUGACUGAAAACGCCCCCGUUCCUUCUCCUGCUCUAGGCUGUCUCCUUCUUUGCGAGUAUUACUGCUUCACAGAAAGAGGAGAUGACUUCCCAAUACCUCUCGCUCCGCGCCAUGGCCUCGACUAA